GUUUGCCAAAAGUGUUAGAUUCGUGGUCGCCAACAGUCGCGGAUUUCGAGCCUCAGCCAUGUCGCUCUUCCAGGCACGCGACUGGUGGACCGUCACGAGCGGGACGUCCGAGGAGUACACGCAUGGUGCGCUCGCGAUCGGCAACGUCGACAACGAAAGCGACCAAGCGCAGGCCAAGAUCGUCGUCGGCAGUCUGCAUGGCGUCCUGCGGAUCUACUACCCAACGAGCAUGGAGUUCAAGAUCGAGCAUCUUCUUCUUGAAGAGCAGCUCGAGCACCCGAUUCUGCAAGUCGCGAUCGGCGCCUUCCUUCCGCACACGACGGCGCAAGCGGUCGCCGUCCUGCACCCAAAGCUCCUCGCUGUGUACACGCUCGAAGGCGUCGGCGGCAGCGGCAUGGCUGCGAGCUACUUUAAGCUCUCGAAAAAGUACGAGCACCACCUCGGGCAGGACGGCGAGCACUUUACGGCUUUCAACAUGCUGCAUGGACCGUUCGGUGGUGCGCGCGAGAAGGACCAUUUGUGCGUUCAGGCGCUCGACGGCCGUCUCCAAUUCUUCGAGCAGGAUCGGUUUGCGUUUUUACAGCAGCUUCCGACGUGCCUCGUGCCGGGCCCCGUGUGCUACGCGCCAAGCAUCGACUCGAUCUUGACGGCAACGUCGGAUUUGCACGUCGAGUGCUACCGAUAUCAGAUUCUCGCCACGUCCAAGAAGGCUGCCAAGGACGAGAAACCAGCGACCGGAAGCAAAUCUCUCCACGCCGAGUGGCGCGUCAACGUCGGCGAGCCCGUUCUCGACCUGCAGAUCGGCCGCGUAGCCCCAUCGACGUCGGCCAAGAGCUUUGACAUUGUCGUGCUCUGCGAGUUUACGCUCUUUUGCCUCCGGCCGACGGGCGACGUCUGCUUUCAGAAACGUCUCGGGUUCCACCCGUCGGCGCUGCGACUGUACCCGGCCAACGACGACGACGCGCCUAUGACCAACGUGCUUUUGGCGACGCACGCCAAGCAGUGGAUGAUCUACAAAGCCGCCAACCUCGUUUGGUCGGCCGUGGCCCCGACCGUCUCGACGGCGCUUGGCGUCGGGGAAUUCGGGGGCAUCCCUGGCAUGAUUGUGAGCUUGGACGAGGACGGGCGAUUGUGUGUGAGCUACCUUGGGACUGACCCGCCGACGACGUCGGUCGUCGCUGCCUCGGACACAAAAGAGAUCAACUACGAAGAAAUGGACGAAGAGCAUCGAACACUGCUCAACAUCAUUCGGCGCUCCCAAGGCGAGCGCCGGUCCGAACCAAAGGAGCGAAUUCUCCUGCGCGCGCAAGUUCCCGCCAUCUUUGAUGCGCCCCACCAAGAAGACGAGUCGAGCUUCAUCCAAGACGCCGACGUGGUGUACGGCAUCGACCAGCAGCCUGUGACGCUCACCAUGCGCGUGUACGUCACGUACACUGGCAGCAACGUGAUCCAGAACGUGACGCUUGCCGUCACGGCGCCAACCAACGUCAUCGUCGCGUCCGCAUCCUCGGUCGUCUUGUCAUCGGUCGACGGCAAAACAUCGACGCCGCUGAUCGUACCCGUGGUUUUGCGACCGAGCGGCACCGCGAUGCCGUCGUCGCUCGAGGUGACAAUCUCGGCGGCGUAUACGCUCGAGAGCGGCCAGCCGCGGACGUCCAUGUGCAUCGUCAAGCUGCCCAUGUGCAUGAUGUGUCGCGUCGUGCCGCCUGUCAAAGCGAGCACGUUCAAGUUUACGCUGGAUACAAACCAAGCGCCGUCCCUGCUCACGGACCUCUUCCAGGAUAUGCUCACGCAACCUGGCGCGACGCCCGAGUGGGCCAAGCAGGUCACUGGCUCGACGGCCAACGUGCUCAGCUUCCAGUACUACAACGGCGUCGACGUGACGAUCCUCGUCUCCAAGAACGCAGGGCGGUACCGUAUCCAGUCGACGGAGCUCGACGCGCUCUGGAUGGUCUCGAACGAGCUCGUGGAUCGCCUCAAAUUGCUCUACGACGGCCAUACCGACGAUCUGCUCGAGAUCCAGUACGCGGAUCCGCUGCCAUUGGCCGACUUUUUCGGUGCCAUCGACGAGCACUUUCAUCUGCGGAAAGCCGUGGCCGAGCUCAAGGCCGACAUCAACGACCGCGCGCACGAGUUUCGCGUGAUCCAAAAGCGCCUUCUCGUGCGGUACAAGGACCGCAACCCGGCGCCGCUGAGUGCGCUCGACGUUCUCAUGCAUGGGACGUACGCACAGUUGCUGGAUCUGGCAACGCAGAUGGAGCAAGCGCAGCACAAGCUUGCAGCGGCCUCGAACCGCCUCUCGUGCAGCGUGAGCUUGUUGCUCAUGCUCAUGCGCUACAAAUUCGACCUGGACGACGCUAACUUUAACGUGCUCGCGGCGCACUUGUCGCCGAUCGUGGCCGAUGCCGACUUGGGUUGGGAAGACGUGACCGAGGCCGCGAUCACAGAGCUGCUCAAGACGGCGCUGUCGGCAAAGGCGCCAGCGAAGGAGAUGAUGGCGCCCGAGAUAGCGCUGCAGCAGGACACGAAGAAGCUCAAGAAACACAUUACGAUCUUGUGCGACCGGCUCGGAAAAGGAGCGCUCUUUGUCGGCGAGGCCCGGCCGCGGCGACCGCCACCGGACGACGACAACGGCAAGGACGACGACGGCGGCAAGGAGUAGCUGCUUUGCAGCAUCCUCUGUCGCCGUACUAGAAGCUAAACGAAGAUGGACAAGAAGAAGAAUGACUAAAAUGAUGUGUGCUACCAGCCCAACCCGCCUCGUAGAGCCAAUAACAGCGUGCAUGGCA